AUGGGAUCGGAGGCGUCACUGCCGAAAUGGGCAUCGAAGCCUUGCAUAAUGGGCAUUGAUGAAGCCGGUCGUGGUCCUGUUUUAGGACCAAUGUUCUAUGGGUGCUUGUACUGUCCAAGCUCCUACCAGAAAACUCUAUCUACACUCAACUUUGCAGAUUCAAAGAUAUUAAAAGAAGAAAAGAGGGAAGAGUUAUUUGAGAAUUUGAAGGCCGACGAGUCGAUUGGAUGGGCAGUUGAUGUGAUAGAUCCAAGAGAGCUCUCAUCCAAAAUGUUGAAGAAAAAUAAGAUAAAUCUUAACGAAAUAUCACACGAUUCUGACAUGGGCCUCGUCAGAAAGGUGUUGAGCAUAGGUGUUCUUCUUACCGAGCUCUAUGUGGAUACCGUUGGCGAUGCUGAAAAUGGUGCAAGUAUCGUUGCAAAGGUCACAAGAGACAGAGCUCUGCGGGAUUGGGUGCUUGAUGAAACUGCUGAACAAAUGCAUACGAGUUUUGGAUCUGGAUAUCCAGGAGAUCCACACUGUUUCCGGACCAACCUUAUAGUAAAACACUCAAUAUUCGGAUUCCCAACACUGGUGCGCUUCAGUUGGGGAACAUGUACAACAUAUUCCAAAGACAUGGUUGAAGUGCUAUGGGAAACUGAUGAUACUGAUGAGGAUGGUAGCAAUGGAAGGACCGGGAAACGACAACUGAAACUAACCAGUGUUGGUUUCCCUCCAGUGAAGAGAAAAAGUGAAGAAACUGAAUCAAGUGGCAAACGUCGUUGCAAGUUUUUCCAAGCUCGUAAACUUGAGCUUCUCUCCCAUUUCUGA